CAGACGCGUCACAGUUUGUCUGAUCUUUUCCAAUUUCUCCCUCUGUCGUUAAUCUCGCCAGCUAUCGAUGUCAACAAACAUGCAGGCUCAUCUGUCUUUACAGACACAACUUGCCUCGAUAAUGGACGUGCUUGCUAGAGCGGCCGUUGACGAGAUCAGUCAACUCUUUUCCGAGAGCUCGACUGAUUUGCAGUUGGAGAUUUCUCGCAGCUACAAAGAAAACGAAGCUCUGAAAAUGAGGAUGAAGGUGAUGAAGAACGAGCUUUUCACCCUGCGACUACAAAGGGCGAGUACACCGCGGGGCAGUCGCUUUUCUUUCAGCAGAACUUUAUGCAGGCCUCGGGGGAAACUCGCAGAUAAGACACCUGAGCACCAGACAUCCAUUUACAGCAGGGAUGAUGCCCCCAUUACAAUAGGGGAAGAGGAGAUACCAUCCACAGUCAAAAAAGAGUGUGCAGAUGUGGAGAGUCCAGAUGUCAUCUUGAUAAAAGAUGAGGGGCCUGAGGAGGACUUUGGAGGAUGUGGGCCAGAUGCAGGUCAUGACGCUAUUUGUGGUGAGAAUGUUACCAUGGUGACACCACAGCCGGAACAUGCCACCCAGAGACUAGGUCACGAUGAGGGACAAUACAGCAUGAACGACCCUCACGGUCAUGGCCGAGGUGAAGGAGCGCUGUGCAGCGUGACCAGUACUGAGAACUACCCUUUCUUCAGAGCCCCAGAACUACCUCAGAGUUUGCCCUCACACUCUGGUCUGCUGCCGGACCACACAGUCAGCCGUCAGAUGCAGCUGAAUACUCAUUCUAUUGGGGAACCACUACAAGUCAACCCCCAAAUGAGGGGCUUGCAAAGUGACAGAGGGGGUCUGUCGAGAGGGGAUUCAGGAGGACGGGGUCUGAAAAUCGUACAGGUAGCUUCCCUAGAAACCACCCCAACGACCCCAACAACAACCUUGGUAGCAGGGGGUGUGACUGUGAGGCGCCCUAGUCUUGUAAACCAGUUCCAGCGCCACCACGUCCCCCAUGGUACCAAGCCGUUGUUCUGUAGCGACUGUGGGAAGCGCUUCUCUCGCCGGCUUGACUUGAUCCGCCACCGGGCGGUCCACACAGGAGAGAAGCCUGUCAUAUGCAACCUGUGCGGGAACUCGUUUGUCAACAAGACGACACUGAGGGUCCACAUGCGUAUUCAUACAGGGGAGAAACCUUACAUGUGCUCCCUGUGUGGGAAGGGUUUCACCCAGAAUGGCAGCCUGACUAUCCACCUGAGGACCCACUCUGGGGAGAAACCCUACAGCUGCUCCCACUGUGGAGCCUCUUUCAACAACCCCAGCAACCUGCGCAGACACAUGGUCACACACCCAGAGCAGGCAGGGACGCUGACACUCUGACACCCAAACUCACCGGUGACCAGUGGAGCUUUAGGUUCUUUAUUUUUCAUCAGCAUUCUCUCAUUCUUGUUCUCGCUCUCUCAAUUCAAUUCGAUUCAAUAUAUGCUUUAUUGGCAUAAAUGGGUUGUUGCCACUGUGGCCAAAGUAUAUGAAGUAUUACAUAAAUGAACAAUAUUUUUGAGAAACAAUAAUCAUAUACACUGAACAAAAAUAUAAACGCAACAUGCAAUUUCAAAGAUUUAUAGUUCAUAUAAGGAAAUCAGUCAAUUGAAAUAAAUCCAUUAGGCCCUAAUCUAUGGAUUUCACAUGACUGGGAAUACAGAUAUACAUCUGUUGGUCACCGAUACCUUAAAAAAAAAAGUAGAGUUUGGCGUGGAUCAGAAAACCAGUCAGUAUCUGGUGUGACCACCAUUUGCCUCAACCAGCGCGACACCUCCUCUUAGAGUUUAUCAGGCUGUUGAUUGUGGCCUGUGGAAUGUUGUCCCACUCCUCUUCAAUGGCUGGGCGAAGUUGCUGCAUAUUGGCUGGGAACUGGAACACGCUGUUGACAAUGUUGAUCCAGAGCAUCCCAAACAUGCUCAAUGGGUGACAUGUCUGGUGAUUAUGCAGGCCAUGGAAUAACUUUUUUAGCUUCAGGAAUUGUGUUCAGAUCUUUGCAACAUGGGGCCGUGCAUUAUCAUGCUGAAACAUUAAUUGAUGGUGGUGGAUGAAUGGCACGACAAUGGGCCUCCAGGAUCUCUUCACAGUAUCUCUGUGCAUUCAAAUUGCCAUCGAUAAAAUGCAAUUGUGUUUGUUGUCCGUAGCGUAUGCCUGCCCAUACCAUAACCCCACUGUCACCAUGGGGCACUCUGU